GGGGACGCCUGAAGAACAGAAUGAUGCCCCGGAACGCCUCAGGAGUCUGGGUGGCGACUGUGCCCCAGGCUGGAGCGCUCGGAGCUGUCCGUUCAGCACCACCGCUCAGCGCGGGGCUCAAGGCCCUCUGCAAAGCGCACCGGCUCGGUUCCCGCCCCCGCUCCACGGGCGCCUGCGGCGUGGGCUCCUGCCUCUCGUGGUGGGUGAGGGGCGCGCGGAUCGAAAGAGGGGGCUCCACGAGCGUCGGGGCCACGCAGCCACCUGUGAGCCUCUUACGGAUGCGGGCGGCGGUGUGUGGGGCCGGAGACUGAAGGAGGCGCACGGCGGACCCCGCCUGCCCGGUGGCGGGGCACACACACACACAGGCGCACACAGCUACAUCCUCGCACCCGCGCGCACUCGCGCAGCCAGCCAGCGGCGGCCACCGCGGCGAUGCUUGCCAGUAGGUCGGGGAAGUUUCCCGCCGGCCUCGGCCGCGGGCUCCGGUGCACCCAGGUGUAGCGCCCCCGCGCGGCAAGGGCGCCUGGGCAUCUCCAGCAUGACCCGCCAGAGCCUGUGGGACGUGUCCGAGACCGACGUCGAGGAUGGAGAGAUCCGCAUCAAUGUGGGCGGCUUCAAGAGACGGCUGCGUUCCCACACGCUGCUGCGCUUCCCUGAGACACGCCUGGGCCGUCUGCUCCUUUGCCACUCGCGAGAGGCCAUUCUGGAACUCUGCGAUGACUACGACGACGUCCAGCGUGAGUUCUACUUCGACCGUAACCCUGAGCUCUUCCCCUACGUGUUGCAUUUCUACCACACCGGCAAGCUUCACGUCAUGGCUGAGCUGUGCGUCUUCUCCUUCAGCCAGGAGAUCGAGUACUGGGGUAUCAAUGAGUUCUUCAUUGACUCUUGCUGCAGCUAUAGCUAUCACGGCCGCAAAGUGGAACCUGAGCAGGAGAAGUGGGACGAGCAGAGUGACCAGGAAAGCACCACUUCCUCCUUCGAUGAGAUCUUGGCCUUCUAUAACGACGCUUCCAAGUUCGAUGGGCAACCCCUGGGCAACUUCCGCAGGCAGCUUUGGCUGGCACUGGACAACCCGGGCUACUCAGUCCUAAGCAGGGUCUUCAGUGUCCUUUCCAUCUUGGUGGUGUUGGGCUCCAUCAUCACCAUGUGCCUCAAUAGCCUGCCAGAUUUCCAAAUCCCUGAUAGCCAGGGCAACCCUGGUGAAGACCCCAGGUUCGAAAUCGUGGAGCACUUUGGCAUUGCCUGGUUCACAUUUGAGUUAGUGGCCAGGUUUGCUGUGGCCCCUGACUUUCUCAAGUUCUUCAAGAAUGCUCUAAACCUUAUUGAUCUCAUGUCCAUUGUCCCUUUUUACAUAACUCUAGUGGUGAACCUGGUGGUGGAGAGUUCUCCUACCUUGGCUAACUUGGGCAGGGUGGCUCAAGUCCUGAGGCUGAUGAGGAUCUUUCGAAUUCUCAAGCUGGCCAGACACUCCACUGGCCUCCGCUCCUUGGGAGCCACCCUGAAAUACAGCUACAAGGAAGUAGGGUUGCUCUUGCUCUACCUCUCAGUGGGGAUUUCCAUCUUCUCUGUGGUGGCCUACACCAUUGAAAAGGAGGAGAAUGAGGGCCUGGCCACCAUCCCUGCCUGCUGGUGGUGGGCCACCGUCAGUAUGACCACCGUUGGGUAUGGAGAUGUGGUCCCAGGGACAACAGCUGGGAAGCUGACUGCCUCUGCCUGCAUCUUGGCAGGCAUCCUAGUGGUGGUCUUGCCCAUCACUUUGAUCUUCAAUAAGUUCUCCCACUUUUAUCGGCGCCAAAAGCAACUUGAGAGUGCUAUGCGCAGCUGUGACUUUGGAGAUGGAAUGAAGGAGGUCCCUUCAGUCAAUUUAAGGGACUACUAUGCUCAUAAAGUUAAGUCCCUCAUGGCAAGCUUGACAAACAUGAGCCGGAGUUCACCCAGUGAACUGAGCUUAGACGAUUCUCUACAUUAGUUGGGACCCAGACUUGCAUAGCUGAUCUGCUGCUUGUGGUUCGAGUACAGUCAGGGUAAUUUUAAGGCUAUGGCAUAAGAAAUCAUUCUGACCCUAGAGGGAGAGCUGCAUGGGACAUAAGCCCUAGAUUGCUUUUGCAAUUUUUAGAGGUUUUUGUUUGUUUGUUUGUUUUUGAGGAUGGUGUGUCUAAUAACAUGCCUUUGCACCUUUCAAUGAAAUGACACUCACUGGUGUUUGCAUCAUGGCAUAAAAUGUUCAUCUUUCUGCCAGAUGAGUAUUUAGAAUGCCAAUUUCUCUAUCCACUGUGUACAGUAUUCUAAUGCUCAUAUCCCAGUAUUACCUGUGAGUUGAAUUGUCUGUGCUCCUAUUUCUGAGGUUGUUGUAUGACUUCCAGUGAGAACAUACCUGUCUAUGAGGUCAGCAAGGAUAUAAUGAGAUUUGGAUCACAACCAUGUGAAGAUAAUCUCAAUUAUGUAUCCAUUGCUUUCAUUUACCUUUAAUACCAAAACAGAGAGAUUGCAAAGCUAAGCACACUUGACCAAUGCAAGUCUUCGAGUUGUCUUUCUACCUGGUCCUGUCCUUGUGACGUGCAUGAAUGCACCAGUCAUUUUAAAGAAAGAUAUGUGUUGAUGUUUAUCUCCUAUGUGUCAGUGUAAGAGAAUGUUACUCAGUCAAUAUGUAGUAAAGACUGAAUGCUUUUCCCCAAACAAAUAAGUUUAAGGACAGGGACUUUAGCUAAACAUGGACCAAACCCCAGGAUGCUAUAAGCAGAGUUCAUGUAGGCUAAGCCCUUUUAUUGAUGGUCAGGCCUCUUUUUCCUAGGGGAAUUGCAGAGACAUUUAUUUCUGGCUGAGAUUCUCAAUCCAGGCCAUUUUGACCAAAGUUUGCUGUGUCUUGGUAUUAGCAUGUUUUUCAAGCCUUUCUUUUUUAAGAUGUUUAGGAAUCAGGCCGUGCUGUCUUUCUCCACUAGAAGAGGUUAGUAUUUUGUGACUUUGUGAGGUAAGCACUAUCAGGUUCCUGGCAAGGGCGGUAGCUGAAACAUUUCCUUGCCUGCUCUGAAAGCCCGUAAAAUGAAUGCUCUUUUAUUUCUGGGCAGAGUUUGCUUUAGGUAGUUUUGCUUCUAGGACACAUGAUAGUAUAUGUACAGUGUUUGAUUGCCUUGGUUCCUACUGUGGCAUGGAAACCUGGUAGUACAGAAGCAAAUUCAAGAUACAGAUGUGCAUGAAGGCAGUGUGGUUUACCCAUGGUGGAAAUGCUGUAGUUUUCAUUUCCAUUGCAAUUGCAGUAGGGUUUGGGGGGGCAGGGGUAGAAGUCAGAAGAAAAGAGUUAUAAAGCCAAAAACUGCUACUUUAUAAGAUAUAAAUAACUGUGAGUUUCUUUAAAAGCUUAAAACUGGAUAAAAAACAAAAACAACAAAAAAAAAAACCUUUCAACCGUUAAGCUGUGUUGAAGGGUUACCUCUCUUUCCUUUCCAACACGCCAUUCAGUUAGCACAAAACAUUAUGAAGGGGAAACUGAGCCCCUUUUUAGAAAAUUCUUUCCUACCAUCUUCUAAGUAAUCUGAUGGUUUUCCAGUGGCUUUCGUUAUUGUCGAGUCUUUGGCAAGGCUAUAGAUCCAGGGAUCCAAAUAUGGAGAUAAACAGGCUUUUAAUCCAAAGUUUGGGCCUACUCUUAAUUGGUCCAUUUUGUGUUUUAGUCGGUUAAGGACAAUCCACACCUCACAGGGGUGUGGAAUAGAUCUUCUCAGAGGGCGCUGUGUACUAGUAGUUGCCAUGGUGACUACAGUGUGGGCAAUUUGUUGGAUGAAUGCACUGGCCAUUUAAUGCCCUCGAGCCUCCAGUUCAGAUCUUUCAUCAGACUAGAGACUCAUGACGGGCAAAGGGUGGCAACCUCCUAGUGCCUACGUGCAGACACGUCUAUGUCUAAUAUUCCAAAGCGGCAGGAAUGUGAAGUGACUUCAAGGAACCCCACCUGGGAACCAGAAGAAGGGAGUUGGUUUUGGGAGUUUGCACAUGGAACUCUUCUUGUUGGCUAGUAUCUUCAGCCCUGGAAGACCAAGCAUUUAUAAAACUGUUCCCAACUGCACUGAAGGCAGGGGACAACAUAAACCUGGGAGGACUGUUCAGUUUGCUGAGGCUGAUGGUAUACCGUAACUGGGCAUGAUAUCCGUGGUCACUGACCAUGAAGCUGAUGGAAAGAAGAAAAGAGGCAAGAGGCAGAAUAACUUAGCCACUCUCCUAAGGAUUUUUUAUCAGUGAACAUGUUUACCACCAAAAAAAGAGAUACCUACAAGGAUAUGAAAGCUGGAAAACUUGACUUUUCUUUUUUGGUAAUGACUUGCUUUAUUUAUCUGGUGCCUUUCAUUGGGGGAAAUCCCAAAGUGCUUUAGAGACUGUCUUUUUAACACUUCUUGUAGAUAUAUGUAUACUUGUAAAAGAAUAUUCCUUUGCCCACCAAGACUUUUAGUCCCUUCUGAGCAUGAAAAGGUCCCAGGAGGAUUGAGUUCCCCUAAGCAGUGGUCUCUCUGGACCUUGAGGGAGAGCCACCCAGAUGGCUGUGGCUCUGCAGUGAUUUCCAUAGACCAUAAAGAAUGGUGUAAGACCCUGGGAAUCUUUCCCUUAUCACUAAACCACACAGAGGUAUGAAGUUCACAAGUCCUGGCUCAGAAACACAGCCUCUGAUUAGCCAAGUUAGAUAAUGUCUCCCAUAGUAGUUUCUCCUCCAGGGGAGGGCGGAUUCAUUUUCUGCCCUGUGUUUGGGAGUAAAGGCUACAAAGAUGAAGUGGGCCCAUAGAUGAUCAAGGUAGCCUGUGCAAUCCUUUCUUGGGGGAACACAGUAGAAACAGGCUCACUCAUGCCUAGCUGGUGGCUGCAGAGCAACUUCACUCCUACAUUUGACCUGUUUAAUAUUACUGGGACAGAUACAUGGGCCAAGCUUCCUCAUAGCAUGUGGGAUGGAUAUUGGAAGUGACACAUGUUCAUCGCACAGAUACGUUAGUCUUGGGCUGUGUUUCCCAUCCACGCUCUGCAUUUCCCAGGCUGGCUGCUGAGGAGGGGCGGGUAGAGUGCCGAGCUUAUGCCUAGCUCAUCAGGUAGUAAUUGAUGUUUAAUAUUUGGAUUUGUUAUUUCUACUUACUGUAGCACUCAAAGCACUGAGCUACCUGUUAAUUCCUGCUUCGUUUCAAUGGAAAUGAUUUGUUCUGCACUUUGGGAUAGCUGCGAUAGAGACCACAGGCUGUGUGGUCUCUACUUGAAAGCUUAACUGGUAUUUCUUGUAUGUUUUAACAGCAUGACUUGUUCCAGGGUUGUAAUUUUAAACAUCGAGAACACUGUAUUUGCAAUGUCAGUUUUAACACUCAUUAACACACUACUGUGCCAGCCCCUGGCGGCUCCACUGCACCAUUACACUGCUGCCGUGUUUGAGUUUCCUGUGCCUCCACUCCGGAAUGAGGCCCAUGACUGACAUCCUCAGGAUGCCAGCCUUGCAAAUAUGCAGAUUAAACAGAAAACAAUUAUUUCACUUC